AUGAAGUUCACCAACUCUGUUGCCGUGACUCUCGCCACGGCGGGCUCCCUGGUGGCCGCCCACGGCCACGGCCACGCUCACUUCCACAAGCGUGCCGUUGAGACCGAGACCGAGACCGCUGUUGCGGCUGGUCCCACCGUCUACGACUUCGUUGUGCUGGACCCCACGAAGAGUGGUGCCCCCGAGGUCAUCAGUGAGAACGAUGCUUGCGCCGGUCUCGCUGCCCACGAACUCGAGUGGCUCGGCUCCGCCAUCCCUAACGCUUGCCCAACCAGCACCAGCACUCCCGUGAGCACCUCGACUUCCACUCCGGUCCCGAUCUCCACCGUUGUUGCUCAGGUGCUCCUCGAGACCUCCGCUGCCAUCACCCCCAGCUCCACUAGCACUAGCACUGUGAUCCCCACCAGCAGCUCCAGCAGCUCCUCCACCCACGCCGCUGCCUCCAGCUCCCCCAGCUCGAGCGGCACCGGUGUCACUUCUGAGUUCCCCGAUGGAGAGAUUGACUGCGGUACCUUCCCCUCCGAGUACGGCGCCGUUGCCCUCGACUAUCUCGGCCUAGGCGGUUACUCUGGUAUCCAGUACGUCACAAUUGUCGACGCGGUGGUCAGCGAGAUCGUCACCGCCAUCACCGGUGACUCCUGCACCAGCGGCGCUAUGUGCUCGUACGCCUGCCCUGCCGGUUACCAGAAGUCGCAGUGGCCCGUGACCCAGGGUGCCACUGGCCAGUCCGUCGGUGGUCUGGAGUGCAAGAACGGCAAGCUGUACCUGACCAACUCUGCAUACAAGACUCUCUGCAUUGAGGGCACUGGUGGUGUCAACGUCCGCAACGAGCUGGGUGACCACGUCGCUGUCUGCCGUACCGACUACCCCGGUACCGAGUCCGAGACCAUCCCGCUGUCCGCCUCCGCCGGUGAGACCCACCCCCUGACUUGCCCCAACGGCAACACCUACUUCAAGUGGGAGGGCAAGACCACCUCCGCUCAGUACUAUGUCAACAACAAGGGCGUCUCCAUCGAGAAGGGCUGCCAGUGGGGUGACGGCUCUGAGAGCAUCGGCAACUGGGCCCCCAUGAACCUGGGUGUUGGCUACUCCGCCGGCUCCACCUGGUUGUCCAUGUUCAAGAACGAGCCCACCACCGAUGCCAACCUGGACUUCAAGAUCAAGCUGGUCGGCGACGACCUGAGCGACAACUGCCGCUACGACGGCAACGGCAACUUCUACAACAACGCUGGUCUGAUCUCUGGAAGCAACGGCUGCACUGCUGCCUCCUCCUCCGGCAACGCCUACUUCGUCUUCUACGAAUAA